CCAUCACACGUGUACGCCUGUGUGUGCCCAGAGCCUCCUGCAGGCCCCACUCAGCCCAUCUCGGCCACUUGGGGCUGCUCCUGCCCAUUGGGAAUCGGGGUGCAACCAGGAGUCGCUUAUGGAAAAUCAUCCCAGCGGAGGGACAGCACAUCCGCCGCAAACCGCUGCAGCUCUCUGGGGCGGGGAACUGCCUUUCACCUCUGUCGCAGAGGCCCAGUCUUUUUUCUCCGGCUCCUGGCAGAGAAGAGGCAGUGAGAGGCACAGCUUCUCCUUAGGUGGGCCUUGAACCAGGAUGGCUGAGCCCCGCGAGGAGUUUGAGGUGAUGGAAGAUCAUGCUGGUGCAUACGGGCUGGAGGAGAGGAAAGAUCUCCCCUCCCAGGGGGACUACACUCUGCUGCAAGACCAGGAGGGUGACAUGGACCACGGCCUGAAAGACUCUCCCCUGCAGACCCCCGCCGAUGACGGAUCUGAGGAACCAGGCUCUGAAACCUCUGAUGCUAAGAGCACUCCGACGGCGGAAGACAUGACAGCGCCCUUAGUGGACGAGGGAGCCCCCGGCGAGCAGGCGGCCGCUCAGCCCCACGCAGAGAUCCCAGAAGGAACCACAGCUGAAGAAGCGGGCAUUGGAGACACCCCCAACCUGGAAGACCAAGCUGCUGGACACGUGACUCAAGCUACCACAGAGACCCGGGUCUCAGAGCCCAACAGGCCCAGCGCAGGGCCCCACGGUGCGCCCCCCGAGUUCACGUUCCAUGUGGAAAUCAAAGCCAACGUGCAGAAGGGACAGGCUCGUUCAGAGGUGGAUUUGGAAGGGGCUGCACUUCCGGGGGCCCCUGGAGAGGAGCUGGAGCCCCAGGGCCCCUCUGAGGGAGAGGACACAAAAAAGACUGACCUUCCGGAACCAUCGGAAAAGCGGCCUGCAGCUGGCCUGCCGGGGAAGCCCGUCAGCCGGGUUCCUCAACUCAAAGCUCGCAUGGUCAGUAAAGGCAAAGAUGGGACUGGAAGCGAGGAGAAAAAAUCCAAGACAUCCACACCUUCCUCUGCUAAAACCUUGAAAAAUAGGCCUUGCCUUAGCCCCCAACGCCCCACUCCUGGUAGCUCAGACCCUUUGAUCAAACCCUCCAGCCCUGCCGUGUGCCCAGAGCCAUCUUCCUCUCCUAAACACGUCUCUUCUGUCACACCCCGAACUGGCAGUUCUGGAGCAAAGGAGAUGAAAGUCAAGGGGGCGGAUAAAGCUGGAACGAAGAUUGCCACACCCCGGGGAGCAGCCCCUCCAGGCCAGAAAGGCCAGGCCAACGCCACCAGGAUUCCAGCGAAAACCACACCCUCCCCGAAGACCCCACCCGGCUCUGCUACCAAGCAAGUGCAGAGAAAACCACCCCCGGCAGGGGCAAAAUCUGAGAGAGGUGACUCUGGGAAAUCUGGGGACCGCAGUGGCUACAGCAGCCCCGGCUCCCCGGGCACUCCUGGCAGCCGUUCCCGCACCCCAUCCCUGCCAACCCCGCCCACCCGGGAGCCCAAGAAGGUGGCAGUGGUCCGCACUCCACCCAAGUCGCCGUCUUCAGCCAAGAGCCGCCUGCAGACUGCCCCAGUGCCCAUGCCAGACCUGAAGAACGUCCGGUCCAAGAUCGGCUCCACCGAAAACCUGAAGCACCAGCCAGGAGGCGGCAAGGUGCAGAUAAUUAAUAAGAAGCUGGAUCUUAGCAACGUCCAGUCCAAGUGUGGCUCAAAGGAUAAUAUCAAACACGUGCCAGGAGGCGGCAGCGUGCAAAUAGUCUACAAACCAGUGGACCUGAGCAAGGUGACCUCCAAGUGUGGCUCAUUAGGCAACAUCCACCAUAAGCCAGGAGGUGGCCAGGUGGAAGUAAAAUCUGAGAAGUUGGACUUCAAGGAUAGAGUCCAGUCGAAGAUCGGGUCCCUGGAUAACAUCACCCACGUCCCUGGCGGAGGGCAUAAAAAGAUCGAAACCCACAAGCUGACCUUCCGUGAGAAUGCCAAAGCCAAGACAGACCACGGGGCGGAGAUCGUGUACAAGUCGCCCGUGGUGUCCGGGGACACGUCUCCGCGGCACCUCAGCAACGUCUCCUCCACAGGCAGCAUCGACAUGGUAGACUCCCCCCAGCUCGCCACGCUAGCUGACGAAGUGUCCGCUUCCCUGGCCAAGCAGGGUUUGUGAUCAGGCCCCCGGGGCGGUCAGUAAUCGUGGAGAGAAGAGAGUGAGAGAGUGUGGAAAAAAAAAGAAUAAUGAUCCAGCCCUUCGCCCUCUGUCUUCCCCCAGCUGCUCCUCACAGAUCGGUUAAUCGGUUAAUCACUUAACCUGCUUUUGUCGCUCGGCUCUGGCUCGGGACUUCAAAAUCAGUGACGGGAAUAAGAGCAAAUUUCAUCUUUCCAAAUUGAUGGGUGGGUGGGCUAAUAAUAAAAUAUUUUUUAAAACAUUUAAAAAGAUGGCCACCCCCAACCUUUCCUUGGGCAAUUACUUUUGAUUCUUUUUUUUUCCUCCCUCUGAGUAGAAGAGGAUGAAGGAGAGGCUCUGAAAGCUGCUUCUGGGGGAUCUCAGGGGACUAGGGGCGCCCCACCUCUGGUCCCAUCCUGGGGGUGUCACAGAGGCAGCGGCAGCCACAAGGGAUUUGAAGCUUGGUGUGUUCGUGGAGCCAUAGGCAGAUGUCAACCUUGAGUGAGUGGGACGGGGCAGGGGUGGGGAGACACAGGAGAGGCUGAGGCGGGGCUGGGCAGGGGGACAGCGGGGGUGGGGAGAAGGGAGAGGGCGUGAGAGUAAGGACCCUGGGAGGGGAGGCGCAGCUCCCUGCCUGGAAGGACAGUAGGAAGGGCAAGCAGCCUCCGCUGAGCCUGCAGCAAACUUAGACCAAGCAGCCUCCUGCGCUUGGUGGCCUGGGAUCUGCUGCGGGUCAGUGUGCCACCCUCUGGAGGGCAGCCUAUAGGAGAAGAGCUCCAGUCCCUCCCAUUCCGUGAAGGAAAAGUGGCAGGAGGAGAGGGACGGUUGUCGGGAGGGUGGCACCAUGUGGACUGCUUCCUGAGAAGCCUGACCUUGCUGUGCCGAGUGCUGGCUUCUUCCUCCCUCCCUGCAGGGUGGGGGUCCUGAGCUGAGGGGCUUCCCUCCGCCCCACGGAAACACUAUUUUAUCGAGUUCUUUAGGUUGGAGCUGCAGCCACGAUUUUGGCCACCUCACAGAUCUGGGACUUAGGGCUAACCAGUUCUCUUUGUAAGGACUUGUGCCUCUUGGGGGACAUCCGCCUGUUCCCAGCCGGGGCCUUGGCCAUCUCCGGAGUGUGCUGGGGUCUGGGAGGUGGGUCCCGAGCCUCCCAUCCCUCCCAUGGCCACUGCAGCCACCUGUCUGCCCCUGCCAUGCCUGUGUCUGCCGUGCAGAGCCCAGUCACUGCCUGUACCCUCAUUAUGUCACACUGUCCUGAGUUCCUAGCCUCACCACCCCUCUUCUCGGUUACAGACCUUGUUUGGACUCAGGCGGCACCAACUCUAAACCAAGGCGGGGGGGAAUCAAGGAAGGCAAAGCCCAGGCACGAGGUGGGACCUCAGUCUCUUGGUCUAAGUUACACUCAUCCAACUGGCGUGUCCCCCACAAUGAACCUGAUGACUUUACUUGGUUCCCUGCCCCCCACCUCCCAGCACAGAUGUGAGCCAGGGUGGGGCUCAGCGAUGACCUGAGAUGUUUCCGCCUCGUUGACUUGGAGAGACUUUUCCUCCCAGAAGGCCUGGUCCCCUGCCUGUGUUGAGCUGGCAGCAGGUUGGCUGUCCUGGUUGCCAGAGAUGGCCCUGGGAUGGGCAGGCAAGGCCCCCAGGGCAGGAUCACACUCCCUCUGUCCCCACUUCUGCCCCAGCUUGUAACUGCCAGCCUCUCGGAGAGCCCAACCGCUGCUCAACCCCAAGUACAUAUAAUCAGCCCUCCACACCCCAAAAGGGAACAUGUCCCCUUGCAAAUGGUUCUUCCCCAGUCCCAGCUGGAAGCACUGCUGUCUGUCCUGCUGGAGCAGCUGAACA